UGACAAAACGAUGACCUAAUUUACAGAAAUGGCGACCUGAAGCUCAGGUGUUUACAGAUUAAAAUCAUGAAGUUCCUGCUCAUAUGUCUUGUAUUCACUGCAACCAUUGUAACUGUGUCUUCUGUACCAAACAGACCUCCAGCAGUUUAUAUACAGCCUCCUUUUGAUGUGUACUACAAGACAGGAGAAACAGUAGAAAUGCAAUGUGUUGCUGAUGGUGUUCCAACCCCUAUAUACCGAUGGACUAGAAAUAAAGUUGAGUUUAACCCUAGUGGUAAUAAUGAUCGUGUGGUCCAGCUAUUCGAUUCUGGGACUAUGGUUUUUAAUAGACCAGAAGACAAAGAUGAAGGAAUAUUCCAGUGCAAUGCAAUAAAUGAACAUGGCACAUCAACAACAAUCAAUGUAAAUCUAAGGGAAGCCAUGCUGGAACCCUUCCCAUAUGGUGAAGACACAGUCAGAACUGUAAUUCGUGGACAUUCUGUCAAGCUUCCUUGUAUCCCACCAACAAGUAUACCCAAAGCUGAAAUAAGAUGGGUUCUAAAAGAUACCAAACCUGGUGGAAGAAUAGAAGCUAUCAAUUUCAAUAGCAGAAUUACAAUGGAUUUAGAAGGAAAUCUGUACAUCACAGCAGUCCAACAGGCUGAUUUUCAGAACGGUAGAAGCUAUGUGUGUAUGGCAAUCAAUUAUUUCAUGAGAAAAAAUACAUAUGCUCCAGGAAUUGUUAUAAAACCAGUAGGAAGCUCAGGUACAGACGAAACUGUUCCACCUCAUUACUUGUGGGCCACUCCAUCUGAAAGCUUUGGGCUCCUGGGAGAAUCUAUCAGAAUAAAAUGUAUAUAUGGUGGAAACCCUUAUCCAGAAGUACAUUGGGAGAGUAACACUGGUGCUAUUCCAAGCAACCGUCGUACAUUGUCUCAGGGAGGUCAGGAACUGCUUAUAUCACAGUUGAGAGAAGAGGAUCGAGGACAAUAUAUAUGUUUCACUACUAGUUCAAGUGGCCAAAGAGAGCAAAGAAAUAUCAAUGUUAUUUUGAAAUCAAAACCUUAUUGGGCUGAAGGAGGAGAACCUAAAGAUAUAGAAACCAGUAUAGGAGCCUCAGCGACAUUCUAUUGUAAUGCUUCAGGAGACCCACAACCUAAAUUGAAUUGGUAUAUUAAUGGUGUCAGACUUAAAGAUUCGAAGCAUCCAACAGUAAAAUCUGCAAGAUUUUUGAAACCAGAUGACCACAAUAUAACAAUAAUAAACUUAGAGAAAAGUGAUGUCAUGGUUAUACAAUGUAAUGCCUCCAAUAUCUAUGGUUACGUUUAUGCAGACUUUUAUCUUAAUGUACUAAAGGAGAAGCCUCAAUUUAUCAAGAGACCAGUAAAAGAAUUAAAGGUAGCAGAAACUACUAAUGUUUACCUGACAUGUCAAACUAGUGGUAAACCAGAUCCAAUUGUCACCUGGUACAAAGGGACACAGCAAAUUACUGGUGGAAGGUACCAGAUUCAGACAAAUGGAGAUUUAUUCAUAUCGAAUAUUGUACUUUCGGAUGCUGGUAAUUUCACUUGUGUUGCUGAAAAUGCAGAAGGAUCUGCUACAGAUUGGGGAGUACUUAUUGUGAGAAGAAAGACAAGAAUUGAACAAAAGCCAGGUGAUUUAGAAAACACAGCUAAUACAGAUGCAAAAUUUACAUGUUCUGGAACUACAGAUUUUGAAGAAGUUGCAAAUCUUCGUGUCUAUUGGUUAAAGGAUGGAAAAGAAAUAACAACAAAUGACCAGAGAAUGACCACUAAUGUUCAAGAUAAUUCCUUAACCAUAAGUGGAACAAUCAGCAGAGAUUCAGGACUGUAUACCUGUGUUGUAACUAAUGGACUAGAUCAGGAAACAGCGUCGGCAAUUCUUACUGUCAAAGACAAGCCAGAACCUCCUGUUGAUGUUGAGACUAAAGACUGUAUAAAUAAGAAAGUGACACUAAGAUGGACAAAGGGAGCAUUUAACAAUGCACCAAUACAGUACUUCACCAUUCAAUACAACACAUCCAUAGAACCAGAUAACUGGGCAUUUGCUGCAACAGCAAACCAGUCACAUAAUUCUAUGACCUUGAGUCUGCAGCCAGGUGUUAGUUACAGUUGGCGGCUGUUGGCUACCAAUAAAAUUGGAAUAAGUGAUCCAAGCCAACAUAGCGAUAUUUGUGUAACCGAUAAAGCUGCGCCAUACAAAAAUCCUGAGAAUGUUAGAGGAUUGGGAGACAAGCCAAAUUACUUAGUUAUAGAAUGGGUGGCGAUGCCACCCAUUGAACACGGAGGAGAAAACUUCAGAUAUGUUAUAUCAAUAAACAGACGUGGAAAUAAUCCUUAUGAUAAUUCUAAAACCAUAUCUAACUGGAGGGAUGAUCGAUUUGAGUUAUUGACCAAUGAUAUUUAUGUUCCUUACAAUGUGACCAUCAAAGCAGUCAAUUCAGAUGGAGAUAGUUCUGCACCACUCAUUGUACAUACAAUUUAUUCUGGAGAAAGUAAACCUGAUUCAAGUUUGAGAGUUGAUGGUUUCGUGGUUGACAAUACAGCAAUGGAAGACAACUCUGCCAAGUUCUACUGGAACUGGGAUAUGGACCUCAAUAAUAAUCUCCAGUCAGGUCUUAAUGGAAAAUUUAGGGGAUUUAAGAUACAAUAUUGGGUCAAAGACAUGAAGAAGAAAACCUUUAGAGAAGAUGAGGUUUUAGAGAAAGAUCUGAAGUCUCGAUAUGGAACAAGAAAAAGACGGUCUGUCACAGAACUAAUGUACACAGUUCAAGAUUUGCUACCAUACACUUAUAUGGAGGCACAGAUUUGUGUGAUGAAUACACAUUAUGUCAGUGGACCAAGUGCUAUUGUGUCAUUUGUCACUGCAAGAGGAGUCCCAGGACCUGUGGAAAAUUUGCGUGCCUUAGUUGUUGGUACUAAUUUUGUAGAGUUGACAUGGAACAAACCAGAACUUUUGAAUUCACCUAUUAGUGUUAUAACCAACUCAUACCUGCAGGGAUAUGAUGUUGGAUUUCAGACAGUGUCAGGAUUGGACCUUGGCAAAAUGCAGGAAAUGGAUCCACAGAUAGUUGACCCUCGUCGUAACACUACAGUUCUAAAUGGUCUAACUGCUAAUAAAAAAUACAGGAUUUAUAUGUGGGGAAGAACUGAAAAUGGACGUGGUGAAGCUUCAUUUGUGGAGCUAACAACAGCUAAAACUGCAAGCAUGAGUGUACCUGCAUUUUCUAUCAUCAAUGUUAAUUCUACUUUCUUCAAUGUUACCUGGACGACCAUUGCAAACAAGAAAUACGGAACUGUUGCUUUUGUUGAAUACCGCAAAGAAGGUGUUGCUGAUUGGCAACAGUCAUCACAGGAAGUAUCAAAGAGCUGGAUAGGUAUAGCUAAUCUCCAGUCAGGAACAUCUUAUGAAAUGCGUCUGUCUGUCACCAAUGGUGGAAAUACAGCCUCAAGUGACAUAGAAGUAGUUAAAACGAAAGGAAUACCUGCAGCAUUUAGCUUGGGAGCCAACUUUGGAUGGUUUAUUGGAUUGAUAAUAUCCGUGUUGCUUAUUAUAGCACUGUCUGUACUUAUCUAUCUGUUGUACAAAAGACGUCCUGAACCACAAAAACAAAGACCAUACACAGCUCCACCCAGAAGGAGACAUGAUGGUUAUGGUGAUGAUAGAAGGGAUGUUAAAUAUUCUCCAACACCAAGACGGGGGUCUUCAAGUACUCAGGACAUUGUCCAUAAGAGUUCAGGUUCUUUGAACAAAGGAUACGACAAUUAUAAUUACAGUGACAGAGAAUACCAUGAUGAUGAUGAUGGGGGUUUCAACAGGGAUGAAGACUACAAGAGAGGUUACUACGAUGAUGAAAAGAGGAAAGGUGAUGACGACUACGAUCGUCAAAGGGAUGACGAUUACGACAAGGGAUAUGAUGGAGACAGAUAUGAUGAUUAUAAUCGUAGACAUGACGAUAGUUAUGAUGAUUACCGUGAUGAUGAUUACAACAGGAGGCGAGACGAUGAUGACGACCGGAGGCGAGACGAUGAUUAUGACAGGAGGCGAGAUGAUGAUUAUAAUGACAGAGGGCGUUAUGACGAUAAAGACAGACAUUAUGAUGAUGACUAUGAGGAUGAUAAGAGACGUUACAGCGACCACAGCGAUAGGGACCGCUAUGGAGAUGAUGAUAGAGACUAUGAGCCUUACUCGAGACGACCAGAUUACGACAGGACACCAAGCUACGACAAUAGACCACCAAGUUACGGGGAAGAGGUAGAUAUCAGGGAGCCAAAUAAAUUUGAUGCUGAUGGUUACCCCAUUGAAACUAAGCCAUCAACACCAAAAACUCCAGGAACAUCUAGUUUUGUAUAAAACUGAAGACAUACAAAGAAACUAUAUUUAAACCAUUAUGCAUAGUCCAUAUAGGUGGUUAUUAGCAAUUUUUUGUUUUCUAUUUCCAUUUCUUGUUGAUAUAAACUUUGAUCAAAUUUGAUAAUGUCAUAAAUUGUAUAUAAUUAGUUAAUUUUGUAUUUCAUUUGUGUCACUUUUGAAUAAUGAUACUACAUCUUUUAUAAAUUCAACUUGUUAUGAUUGUUGCAAAUGAGAAUUAUUUUUAAGUGCUGAUCAAGUGACACAAAAUGGCUUCCAUAACUUGUACAAAUAAAGCAUGAGUUUAUAUUUCACUUAAAGAUGAAAACAUGUACUACACAAAAAAGGAAGGCAGUAUCUGAAUACACAGGCAUUAAUUUUUGCAUAUUUUGUACAUUUUGAUCAUAAUAUUUCAAACUUCCAAUUAACUGUUAAAAAACUUUGUAGUGCAAAAGAAUUGUAUUUACAAUUUUAAGGAUUUUUAGAAACCACAUUGGAAAAAUACAACUGAAAGAAUGAAUUAUUAUAUAGGUAAUAGGUUACAUUCUCCAUAUCAAGUAAAAUACACUUUCAUAGUAGAUUUUUAGUGAUAAAAGCUAUAAAAGUUUUCCUCUGUACUUUCACAGUUGUUUUUCAUGUAUAAGAAAUGGAAAAAACAUUCUUGAAAAACUGCAGGACUAACAGUGUAUAUUGUUACUGCCCUUCCAAUGUAAAACGAAGAAAACUUGUUUUUUUUUGUUGUUGUCAUGAGAGACACUGAAAGGCCUGGAUGAAAAAAAGAAGCACAUUUCUCUUCAUUGUUCUAUGUACAUAGCAUAUAUAUUACAUGUUAAGUAAUAAAUCUGAGGUUGUUACAUUUUAUGUGCCAUAAUAAAACUCUUUUUUUUUCUUUGCUUUACAUUUAUUGUGGAAAAAGAUCUUGGCUCCAAAAUGGUUGUAAUUGUAAAUUGUUUAGGUGUGUCUCAUUAGAAUUUACUGCAGAAAGAGAUCUUAGCCCUAAAAUGGUUGCAAUUGUAAUUAUUAAGGUGUCUUUCAUUUACAUAUAUUUAUUUUAGUUUAAUUUUGAAAGCUAAAAUGACAAUAUUUACUUCUAAAAUGGUUGUAUGUGUCUUUGUAAGGCUGGAUAUUUAAAUGAAAUUAAUUGCAAGAACCAGCACACUCUCUCUCUUUUUCAUAUCUUUUAAUACUCUACUUAAACAUUAUUAGUCAUUUAUUUUACUUUUAUUUUGUGUUUGCAGCGUUAAUAUUUUUUCUUUUCUGUAAUUGAUACUCUUGAAAUUGUAAGCAUUAUUAUUCAUUAAAAUACUCUACUUCUUCCUAUUGUUUUUGAGAUUAUGGAAUAUUUUGACAAUUCCAACUAAGAUAUUUAUCAGUAUCAUUUAGAUUAUGGAAUAUUUUACCCAAUUCCAAUUAAGAUAUUUAUGGUAUCCUUAAGUUUAUGGAAUAUUUAUCCAAUUUAAGAUGGUCAAUGGUAUCAUAGAGAUUAUGGAAUAUUUUACCAAAUUCCAAUUAAGAAAUAUAUUACCCAAUUUAAAUUGAGAUAUUCAUUGGUAUUGAAAUCUAUUUCUGAGAUUAUAUCUUUUGAAUCUAUAUAAAAAUACUGAAUAUAGUAAAACAUUUUCUGAUAUUGCAUAUAACGAUAUUUUUAAAUUGAUUUUGUUAAUAACUAUGAUAUUUUGUAUAUGAUCAAUUUACUUUUCUGUAUAUGUGGAGAAAUUCAAUAAGUUUGGAUCUCCUCGAUAUUUGAGAGAUUUUUUGGUUUUUAUUAAAAACAGCUUCUUCUGUAUUAAUAAAUAUAUGUAUAUAGUUGACAGUUAGACCAAAAGUUCUAUUUUUUAUAUUCAAGUCAAAAACAUUUUCCAUGAAUACAUGAGAAGGAUGUUUAUAAUUUUAUUAUAACUGCAAAUACAUGUCCGAUUCUUUUCUCAACAGCUUUAACAUUUAAGCAAAAAAUAACAGAAUUGUACAUUUUUAAUAUCAUAGAGGUAGAAGAAUAGAACUUAGUAGCUUAACAGUAUUUGUAAAGUUAAAUUUGAACAUAUCUAGAUAAUUGAGCUUAUUCAAGUGUUAAUAAACGUAUCUAGAUAAUUGAGCUUAUUCAAGUGUUAAUAAACAUAUCUAGAUAAUUGAGCUUAUUCAAGUGUUAAUGAAUAUAUCAAGGAAGUUACAUGGAUUUUAUAUGCAUUUACAUCAUUUGUAAAAUUUUAUAUUUAUCUUUUUUUAACAAUUCAUUUUAUCUUUGCUUAUGAUUGAAGGCCAAAACAUCUGGAGAUAUUUUUUUUAACAUUUUUAUUAAAUGAGAAUGCCAUCCAUACCAGAAUAAAAACAAAAUUAAUUUCACUUUAUACAAAAUAUGUAAAGGAUUCUCAACUUAUUUCACAUGUCUUCAAUAUAUCAAGAGAUACUCCUUUAUUUAAAUUUUAAGAAUUUACCCUCAAAAUGCAAUCUCAGACUUCAUUUUUCACCUUUUUUUCUUUAUUCAUAUAUUUUGAUUGAUACUGGGGAAACUAUUUGUACAAUUGUUGUUGCAAAAUGUUUGACACUUUUAAACUUUAAUAUUUUGCUGAUAUUAUUAAAUUUAAUGGAAUUUAUGAGAUUAUAAUUUUUUUAAUCACUUUUAGAGAUUAUAAAAUGCAAUAGGUUUUAUGAGGUUUAUUACACAACUGUUUUUUUCCUAAUUAUUUCGUAUGAAACAAAACAUAUGAUUAAAUUGUGAAAUUUAGUUAAAUCAUAAGAUGCAAUAUUUCAUCUUUUAUGAAAAUUCAAAUUUUUUUACAUUGUUUUGUUAUUAUUUUUUUUGCAUUAUCUAAAUAUAAAUCAUUUUCCAUAAGUGAUAUAUAUAUAUGGUUCUUUAAAUGAGAUUAUAUUCUUUAAAAAUCAAGAAAUUAGAAAAUGGUAACACUGAUCCUCUUGUCUCUGAUAACAAGUUUUUACUGUUUUUGGUUAUUGAUAGUUUUUGAUGGUAAUAUUUUAUUUAUGGAAAACAAUUGUUUACUAGAAUAUUCAGGCAUUGAUAAUUAAUUAAAGAAACAUAUCUGGAUUUUUUUUUAUAUAUUUAGUUAUAUGCAUCAAUCUUUGAGCAUUUAUUUACAUUCCUAUGAAAGUAUCUUAUGGACUGAUCAUUGUACAUAAUAUCUUUGAUAUACUAUACAUUCCAUUUGAACAUAUCAUUUUAUAGAUAUUUUAUACCAAAUCAUUGAUAAUUAUACUUGUACAUAAUUAGAUCUGAGAUUUUACCAAUAAAACCUUAUAUUCAUAAA